AUGAAGCACACAAUAUACAGAUGUACAGCUUGUUCGCGUCAACGACUACCCUUCCCUCUCCGACGAGCACUCUCAACCGCCAUCACUCCGAAUACUCCCUCGAACCCGAACAAAGUUCCCCUCCACGACUUGACUCCUGCAGAUAUCUCCUACUACUGGGAUACUCAAGUACCAAAUGAAACUGAUUUGACCUACGCCGACAAAUUCUUCGCACCCUCUCGCCACUCCCCGAUCAAAAUAUGGUCCGCUAGCAAAUUCCGCACCACUCCUAUGUCAUCAGUAGAGCCUGAAGUUGCCUUCCUUGGUCGCUCGAAUGUCGGAAAGAGCUCUUUGUUGAACGCAAUCAUGGGCAAGGAGAUAUGCUGGACUUCUUCAAAACCGGGAAGAACAAGAGAGAUGAAUGCGUUCGGAAUUGGAGGUACGAAAGGCGGCGAGUCGAAGAUUGUUCUGCUUGAUAUGCCGGGGUAUGGAAAGGCGAGUAGGACGGAAUGGGGUAUUGAGAUUAUGAAGUAUCUUCAGGGAAGGAAACAGUGA